AUGAGAUUGAUCGCUGAUGCUCAGAUCAACAUCGGAUUUGCCGAGAAGGAUGCCCGAAGAGUUGCGGGCAAGUCGGAUGCCGAAAAGGCCGCGCUCGAACGAAAAGCAAGACGAUUAGAGCUUCUCAUCGAUGUCGACAAGGUGGAAAAACAAGAUCUCGAAAUCUAUCAUCAUUACAAAAUCUUCGAGCAUCUCUUUGGCGAGGACACUUAUUUUCACAACGUCCAAGACCUCAACGUUGCGUUUGGCGAUGCCGAAAUGUACAAUGGGAACAUCAUAGUCGCUCAGAGCAUGUCCCAUGAGCCCAAGGUGGAGAUUGAAAACAUUGCUACUGGGAGCUUUUCCACGAUUCUGCUCGUGAAUCUAGACGGGAAUGUUUUCGAAGGACUGGAAGGCGAAGUUGUUCAAUGGAUGGUCAAGGAUAUACCAGAUGGAAAGCUGGUGAAAGAAGGUGUUGAGGUUCUUCCGUAUCUGCGCCCACUCCCUUUCAUGGGGCUGAAGUCGCCAAUCUACGAGUACGAAUUCACCGAGUCGCUCAAGCCAGCACAACGUGAAUUUCCUGUAAAGGCGAUGCCAUUUGAUCUUUAUCUCGACAUGUACCGUGAUCCCAAAGAAAUGGAAGAAGAGAUCCUCGAAGAGCGGUUACGACGGGCGCAGAUCAAGGACUACAGAGCCUCGAAAUGGAUUGAUCCCGACUACAAUGAGAACAAGAAGACAUUGCCGGCCUGGCUGCACGCUCGACUUUUGGAGAGGAAGGGGCGCUAUGCUGGAAUCUACGACAACGCCAUCAAGAAU